AUGGCCGACAGCCAUGAGAAAUCUACGGUUCCAUCGUGGGACGGCCAGGCAAGGUUGGUGGGACCGGCUCGUCUUCUGGCUAUGUCCUGGUCACAGAUGGACUUUGACUCCAGCGGCGGCACCAAACUUCUUCUUCGUCGUCUAGCCAGCUCACCACUGGUCAGACGUACCUUACCCAACGCCGCCGCCAUCUGCCAGCAGUACUUCAGCUUCCGUCGACAACCCGCUGAGUCGAUUGGGAACUUUCUUGUGAGAGAGACGCUUGUACACGAGGAGUUCGUGGAGGCCAUUAUUCGACUUCAUGAAGAGAAGCUUGGUGUUGCUCAAGAUAUGAGAGAUUUUGGCCUGCCAGACGACUCUGAGUGGGAGCAAAGCUGGUGGGAAGGUGGCAGCUGGGGAGGCCCAGCUGAUCAUGGCGAUGAUGACUAUCAAGAUGCAGAUCUUCCUGGCGAUCGUCCUGUACCUGAUGGAGAUCCCCCUACCAGUACAGGAGCAGGACAACAAGAUCAUCGCGACGAUUCGGCACUACCUCGAGGUGCAACGGGAUCAUCACCGAGUCAUCGACCUGGUGAUUCCGGCUCACAGGCCGGCUCCAAGAAAGGGGACUCCGGCGAUGCCAAGGUUCCCCUGGAUGAGCUCUCGAUUGCGGAUUCGUUCAUCAUGGACGUGCUGAGAGGCUGGAGGUUGUUGCAAGCAGCUGGACUUAAUGCUGAUGAAAAACGAGAUAUACUCAGCACUACGAAGAACUCCCUCGACUACACCGUGAUCUCUACGGCGCUUCAGAGUCUGUGGGACGAUCAGCUACUUGGCAAUCACCGGCACCAUCCUAGUUCCUAUAAUGCCCACCUGGUCGAUGCGGUCGACGACCACAUGUCCUAUCAGCACGAGAUGAGUGAUUGGUGGGAUGAUGAUGGAUGGGGCCAUGAUUGGUGGUACGAGGAUGCCUAUGCCGAUCACCAUGAUGACACUUGGUGGGAGCACGAAUGGCCCCAAGAAGCUCAGACUAUGAAUGAGGCUCCAGCUGAUCCAGAGCUGGCGGCCAAACUUCAAGAGGCGCAGCAAGCUGAGCGAGUGGCUGAAUCCUUAGCCGCCGAAGCCACAAGGACGUGGUCGGAGGCGCAACGCGCCACACAGGCCCUCAGGCGCGAUCGUGGGUUUGGUCUUCCCUCCAACGCCUCUGCCGGCAAAUGCUUCAUUUGCGGUGGAAAUCACUUCGCUCGUGAGUGUCCAGACCGAGCUCAUCAAGGAGGCAAGGGCGGCAAGGGCUAUCACCGGAACUACAUGACCGACAUGGACGAGAACUACGCCUACUACUUCUUCAAGGGCAAGACCAAGGGAAAGUACAAGGGCAAGUCCAAGAAAGGGAUGGCCAUGGAGGCCCAGGCCUGGAUGAAAGGCAGGUCAAAAGCCAAAGGCAAGGGUGUUGGUGGCAAGGAUGGUUUGCGGAGUUUGAACGCGUAUUCGUCUGAGUUUUUCCUGGGUGGCUUGGAAGUGUCUGAGGUCCUGGAAGCAGCGGCCUCUCAUGAGAGUUCCUCGUCGCCGGGGACCGGCAUGAUUGACUGCGGCGCCACGGCGUCCGCGGCCCCUGAAGCCGUGGUGCGGGGGCUCAUUUCUGCAGUUCUCACCCAGGACCGAGGAGCCAAGAUCGAACUUGAGCAGUCCGCGCGACCGUACUUCAGGUUUGGGAAUGGUCGCUGGGGUCGUGCCUUAUGUCGUGUGCACCUGAGUAGCCAAGUGUCGGGUGGUCAUCAACAUUUCUCCCUUUACGCCUUGCCCAAUCCCGACAACUACUACCAGGAUGGAUUAUCUAAGAGCUCUCUUGUGCCUGUGUUGAUUGGUAUGGACUAUUUGGGCCCCCAUGGUGUUGGCAUGAUGAUAGAUUUUGCAAGUGGACUAGCCAUGAACACCAAGGAUACCAACCCUGAACCAUAUCGACUACAACACAACCACAAAGGCCAUUACGUCCUGGAUAUUGUCCAUCACCUUACCAAGGGCUGCGUGAAUCAUGAAGGCACGAUCUGGUUGGACAUGACUGUGCGCGAUGCUGAGUUUGACGAGCAAGAGCUGUCGGCAGCCCGCGAUAGGAUGUGGAGACUGUAUGUGGCUGCGCUGCUGGCGGAGUCGUACCGGGCCAAGGCUGCCAAAGCCAAGGCCAAGAGCAGACCGAGAUCCUUCGACGCACCCCGGCGGAUGAAAGCAGACCCGAGAGAUCCGAGGACUCAGCCGAGUCAAUGGCCUUGUUUUGGACGCCACCGACCAUCGGCGCCCGAAGCAAACCCCCACGGACAGUGGGUGACAUGCUCGGUGUGCAAUCUCCGGCUGCUAUACACACCGCGCAAAGGCUCACCAGCGAAUUCUACUCAAACCAUGAACGCACCGAUGGUCCUGAAGAUGCUGGAGGAGCUACGGGGACAACUUGGCAACGUGAAACCCACAGCGAAGGUGUGCCUCCAUGCCAUGAACAAGCUGACAGCGGAGGCGGUUUUGGAGAAGUCGACCAAGGAGCUUCUGGAGAACCCGAACACCACCCCGUCGACACCAUCUACAAGCACAGCCUGGGGGAUGAUCGACGACGAGGAGCUGGUGGCCGCCUACGAGAACGAGACCAAGUAA